UCUCCUAUCUCUUCCGAGUUGUUUGCUCUUCUCUUUUUCAACCAUUCUUAUGCAUUCUCUCAGUCUCUCUUUCGAAUCUCCGACCCAAUUCCUUCCGACCAUUCUUCGGCUCUCAACAUCCGCAGAACUUCAAUUUUGUUCUGCGGCUGAUAACUUAAGUGACAGACGACCAUAUUCAAUUCUGUGGAGGGCCCAAUUUUUGGACCUCCUAUCGCAGCCUUGCCCGAGUGUUGGUACUCAUUAAUCACUCAAGAAGGGGAACUAUUUGCGCUACAGCUYGAAGAUGAGAGCUGUCAUUGGUAUACGUUUCCCCCAUUUCCUCUUUAUGCCAAAUGGUAUUCUCAUCACUACUAAAAGGGUUCAGCUUUCAUUCCCAAGGAAACUAUUUUCUCUCCGAGCAAAAUUUGAUUCUGAGACAGAUGGACCAGUCAACUUAAAGGUUGUAUCUCCAGCCCUUCUAACAGCAGAAAAAGAAGAGGCCAAGGCAGUUUUAACCUUGUUCUUGAAGAAACAAGGCAUGAGCAAUGCAAUUGCUGCAAGAACGAUAAACAAGUCUGAUCUCUUCAUCGAUCAUCUUGUCUUGAAGCUUCAUUUGAUUCAUAAAUCUCGGUAUCUAGUAGGGCGAGAGUUGACAACACUUGAGAUUAGAGAUGCUCUGAAUCCUUAUCUUGAAUCCCUUCUUGAAGUGCAUGGAACCCUUCUCGUGCAUGCUGUGGAGAACUUUCCAAACGCUCCUAUUAAAGAAAAGACCACUACAACAGUCUCUGUCUUGAAUUCAACAAUUGAUGUGAAGAAGCUGAAAGCCGUAUCUCGAGUUAGCGAAAUAGGUCCUACUGGAAAGCUCCGGCCUCAGAUUCUUUACCUGAUUGAGCAUGGCUUAAAUCUUGAGCAAAUUAAAGAAAUUACUCGCAGAUUCCCAGCUUUUGCUUACUACAGCUUGGAAGGGAAAAUAAAGCCCGUGAUUGAGUUUCUUCUUGAUCUUGGGGUACCAAAAUCUGAUAUCCCUGUCAUCCUCAACAAGAGGCCUCAGCUAUGUGGAAUUAGUCUGUCUGAAAAUCUAAAGCCAACUAUGAUAUUCUUAGAAAAUUUGGGUGUGGACAAGACACAAUGGGCAAAAGUGAUAUACCGAUUUCCAGCGCUUCUCACCUACAGCAAACAGAAGGUUGAAGCAACUAUCCAUUUCCUCUACGAAAUGGGACUCUCGGAGGAGAGUGUAGGUAAGGUAUUGACUCGUUGCCCAAACAUCAUAAGUUACAGUGUCGAGGAAAAAUUAAGGCCCACUGCUGAAUAUUUUCUUUCACUGGGAGUUGAUGUUGCUGUCCUUCUCUAUCGAUCGCCACAGACGUUUGGUCUUAGUAUCGAGGCUAAUUUGAAACCAGUGACACAAUUUUUUUUGGAGAGGGGUUACAGUAUGGAGGAUGUUGGGACAAUGAUCUCAAGAUAUGGAGCCUUGUAUACUUUCAGCUUGGCUGAGAAUGUAGUGCCAAAGUGGGAAUUCUUCCUGACCAUGGAGUACUCAAAAUCAGAGCUAGUCAAAUUCCCUCAAUAUUUUGGUUACAGUUUGGAGGGAAGAAUCAAACCAAGGUAUGCAAUUAUGAAGGAGAGCCAGGUGACGCUGUUACUGAACCAGUUGUUAACAUUAUCGGAGAGCGACUUCGUCAAGGCAGUAAAAAAGAAAGUGAAUAAGUUGCUUUCCAACAACUGACUUUCUAUAAGAAAGGAGGUAAUAUAUUGGAAGCUGUUAUGACUUGUGAGAUGCGUGGCAGUACUAAGAAAUUUUCUUGCAAUGCCUCAUCUGAAGCAAGAGAUACCGCGUCUCGGGAUGAUCGGAAUUCUAGCAUUGGGUUUUGCUUGAAAGAAGGUCCAAGUGGUUGAUUUGCCAAUUCUUAACUGCGAACUCCAUCGGUUUUGAAGUGUGGAUAUGGAAGAGAGAAUGCCUUGCGAAUCUGUGUUCUUGGCCUGGAGUCCUUGAUAAAUCCAUCUCUUUGGUCUUGAUUUCCUCUUAGGAUCAUCAUUUUGGACCAACUGUAGUAAUCGUAGUAUGUUACCGUCCAUACAAAAUUUCAAAUAAAUGAAAUUAUGGGGAGAAAAUGUGAAAUCUAUACGAGGAGUCGUUUAAUUCUCUCCACUAUGGUUUUGAUUUGAAGGCUGAUGAUCAGCAGCCAUAUCUCAGUUUUAAAGGAAAUCGAGUUCUUAAAGUUUGAAGACG